GGAAGAGGAGGCGGCGGCGACGCCGCUGAGGGGGAGGAAAGGGCUGUGAGGGGAAAACAGAAAGAGGCCGAGCCAGGCCGAGCCGCGUCGGAGGCAGGCCGGCCGGGCGAGGGGAGGAAGGCGAGGACGGUGCUCGCUGCCCGCGCCGCGCUGGCGCCGGGGGACCCGCCCGAGAUGCCGGUGCGGAGCGCCUGCCGCUGCCCUCCGGAGGCCCCGGGAGGAGCCUCGUCCGCCGCCCGCCUCGAGCCGCCGCCGCCCAUCAACACGGCGCAGCCCGGCGUCAGCACCAGCCGCCUCUACAGCGGCGCCAAGUUCCGCGGGCAGCAGCGCUCCAAGGGCAACGCCUACGAGGUGGAGGUGGUCGUCCAGGUCAGCAGCGCGGCCGGAGAGAGGCAGGCAGGCAGGCAGCGCCGCCCAAACCCCACACUCCUCUCUCCCUCCCCCACCCACCCACACACUAGGACUGCGGAACUCCCUGCCUCAGGAGGCAGUGGCAGCUACUAGGCCGCCCUCUGUGGUUGUUUGAGGAGAAUGCCUAGGGGGCCGAGGUCCCUUCGCCCCCCCACCUAAGAGUUGAGGGAGCUAAGCCCCCCGAAAUUCAUUCAAAUGGUGUGUGUGAUGGGUUAUGUGGGGCAAGGCUUACCUGGGAGGGGGACCCCCCAUUUAUAUUUUUUUCAGUUUGACAGCCCUGCCAUAGUAGUAUCGCCCCCUGCACCUACUGUACUUCCCUUCUCUGGUUUCGAAAGUGGGUCGGGCAGAUUCACCGAGGAGAGGAGCCAGUGGUGACUACUAGCCACCAUGGCUAUCCGUGGCAGCAAAUGCUUGCCAAUGCCAGCUGCAGGAGGGGCUCUUGCGCUGGGGUCCUGCUUGCGGUCUUCCCUGUAAUGGGCAUCUAGUUGGCCCACGGGAUGCUGAAGACUUGGUGUGCCUCUGGCUCCUCUUCUGUAGGAGGACAGGGCGCUGAGGACUAGCUGUGCUGCAGGCUCUUCUUGGAAUUCUUAGGACUCCGCAACCGGCUUCAUCAAAUGGAUGGCUUGUGGCAGAUAGGAGGAAGGGUUUCUUCAUGCAGCAGGAGCCGUAGAGUUUAGCUGGUGAACUCAUCCCACAGGUUGCCUUGACAGCUGACAGCCUGGGUGGCGUUUGAAAGGAGGCUAGGUGCACUUACGAAGGAGGAUAAGGCUUGUCAAGGGGCAUUGUCCAAAAUGUUCUGCCUCUGCUGUUGGAGGCAGUGUGUCUCAGUAUGAGCUGCUGGGAAUGCAUUUAGGCCCUCCUUGCAGGCUUCUUAUAGACCUCUGCUUAGCUACUGUGAGAGUAGGAUGCUGGACUAGAUGGGCCACUGGCCUGAUGCAUCCAGGUUUUGAGAUUUUCUCCCUUUUUGUUACUUUGCAUGGCUUGCAUUUUAUUGAGCUCAGUUGCCUCUAAAAGAUGUCUUCAUGAGCAGCUUUUCUGCUCUCACUGCCUGGAAUAGCUUCUUCACAGAGGCAGAAGCAAAGCUGAGUGCUAAAUAGAAAUACAUUUUUCCCGUGAUCUUGGGACUGAGUGCGGUCCUCCGUUGGAACGGAAUGUUUGAAGAUUCAGGACAGAUGAAAGGAAGGACUUGGUCACACAGUGCAUAGUUAGGCUGGGAUCUGCUCCCACAAGAUGUAGUGAUUGCCACUGACUUGCAUGGUUUAGGCAGUGGCUUGGAUAAGUUGGUGGAGGUUAAGGCUGUCAGUGGCUAUUGCUUAUGACUGUGUAAUAUCUCCGGUAUCAGAAGAGAUGUGUCAUUAAGUUCAGAGUGCUGAGGAACAUGAUUGGGGAGAGUGUACGGUUGUGCUCAUUCUUGUGGGCUUCCCAGAGGCACCUGGUUGGUCACUGUGAGAAACAGGAGCCAGAUACAAUUCAACUUUGGUCUGAUUCAGGAGGGCUGCACACAUGUCACUAGCGCAGCUGUGAUGCACCUACCGCCCUCUGCCACAUCUGAAAGAUUGAAACCUCCCUCUCACCACAGCAGCUCUGCUGGUGUGGUGGUGGUUUAUUUUUCAGUUUUAUUAAAACAUUUUUUUUUUAUUCUGCCCAUGUAGUACAAAUGCACACAUCACUCUAUUUAUUGUAUUUAUAUGCCAUUUUUCAGGGCAAAGCCCCUACCCCCAGCAGCUUACAAAAGACGAUUACCCACAUACAUAUAAUAAUAUAAUAUAGCUUCAUAUGUUAGCAAGAACAUUGUGCUCCCAAAUGACUUGCAGUUCAAUCUGCCUAUAAUGCUUCCAGUUACCUUCCAUUCAGGGUGGCUUGCAACAUGUUAUGAUUUUGUUUUUUAAAAAUCCCCCAAAGACGGGGUCAACAGUUUUAAAAAUCCUAAAGCUUCAUAAAAUAAAAUCCUGUCAGAAUAAAAAUGUCUUCAGUGGCUGACAAAAACAGGAAAGGAGGGCGGACACACUUUGCAAGAUGAAUUGCCCCAUAAUUUGGGUGUAGCCACUGAAGGACCCUUCUUCUGGCCCCACCCAGCUGUACUCUCUCCUGCCCUCGCUGCAUGAGAUACAGAGCCUCUCCCUCUGAUCUUAGGAGGUGGGCUGCCAUCCUUCACAGACAGGCUUGCUCAGGAGCAUGUCUCAGUGGGAGUGCUUGCUCCCAAGCAUACAGUUGUAGACCAGGUUUUUAAAGAAAGGUGUGUCAGCCCUAUGUCUUCUGGAAAUUCUACAGUACUUUGCUGCUAUUAGGAUGGGUAUAGGGGCAGUCUUCUCCCUCUCAUUGAAUUUGAGAUGAAUUAAUCUCAGGGAGCUUGAAAAGGUCUUUGUCACUUGGUACUGCAAGAGGUAAACUGGGUGAGGAAGUAGUUGAAAGAGUAAUGGGGCUGGAAGUGAUAUUAGGGUAACCGUUACACAUUUAACUCGGGAUAUCUAAAGCACCGCCCAAUAAAUGCAUUCUUCAAGGAAGCUACUGCUAGUAGUCCUCCAUUGCUUGGAGUUUUAAUGGUUAAUUUUAUCUCUAUUCUGUUCUCUCUCUUUUUGGUAACCUUGUACAUCACCUGGAGAUCGUGGUGUUAAGCAAUAUAUAAAUUGUUGAAAUAAAAUAAAUAAGCUCUCCAUUUCUCUAGUGACAAGAUGUGUGAAUGGCCCUUACCCAUUCUCACUUUAGGCUAUGCUCACUGGCAUGCAGCCCUGACCACCCACCGACAUACUGCCACGUGUCACCUUUGGGGUCCAGUGAAGUCAGUAGAACUUAACUUCUGAGUAGACAUGUAUAAGACUACAUACAUUGUGAGCUACAAAUCUUUUGCCUUGCGUCUGGUUCUUGCUAUAUGCUCACUAGGUGGUGGUAAGGGAGAGCUGGUUCUCUCUGAGCCUGCAGCUAAGCGGCAGGGCACAUGUUCUGUGUGUAAAGGCGCCCAGAUUCAAUACCCAGCAUCUCUAGGUAGGGCUGUGAAAACCCCCUGUCUGAAAUCCUGGAGAGCCACACCCAAUCAGUGCAGAUAUUGCUGAGCUCAAUGGACGUGGACCAGUGAUCUGAUUUCCAUAUGUUCCAUGAGGAAUUAAAUCUUUCUUUCUAGUGGAUGGGCCAUUGCACAGUACAGACAGCCCCCCAUUUACACACAUUCAAUAUGUGUGUGACCUGUGUAUAUGUUCAUCGCACCAAACCCAAAGUGACCCAGACACGUUGUAAAGAUGUCACUGAAACGUCACUAAAAGGGCAGGGCAUUUGCAUACUUUUUCAGGGGGUUCCAGUUACUGUAUACGUGAUUUCACUGACGCACACAGAGCCUUGGAACAUAGCCCCCGCGUAAAUGGGGGCUGCCUGUAAUAAAGCUGUGUUCUGCAUGGAAGAGACUCCAGAUUCAAUCCCGGGAACUUCUUUAUAGGGAAAGAUCCCUGUUUGAAAUCCUGGAGAAUCGAAGCCAGUAUAUAUAUAUAUAACCCAUUGUUAAUUAAUGGUCUGACUCUGCAUUGGACAGCUUCCAGUGUUGUCACUUGCAAAAAUGGGGAUGAUCCUGACCUAUAAUUUCUGGUUGUUGUAAUAAUUAAUUCACACUAAUCACUUUGAAUGCUCAAAAGUGGUGUGUAAAUGAGUAUUUAUGAGAGUGGCUUUUGUUUUAUUUCUCACCUUCCCAAAUAAUAAGAUCAGUCCAGUAGCCCACCUAGUCCGGCAUCCUGUUCUCACAGUGAUGAACCAAAUCUCCAUGGGAAGCCUGAAAGCAGGAACUGAGUGUAACACCCCUGUCCCUGCCUGUGAUUCCUAACAGCUGGUAUUUAGAGAAAUACUGCCUUCAACAUUGGAGGCUAAACCCAGCCAUUGUGUCUAGUACCACUGAUAGUCUUACGCUUCAUUAAUUUGUCUAAUCCUCUUUUAAAACCAUCCACAAUGUGGCCCUCACCGCCUUUGUGUGAGUGAAUUUCAUAGUUUACUAUGUGGAAAAAUUACAUCCUUUUGUCUGUCCUGAAUCUCCCAACAUUCCAACAUUCGGCUUUCUUGGAUAUUCCCGGGUGUUAGUAUUACCUCUAUCUAAUUUCUCAAUGCCAUGCAUAAUUUUAUACACUUCUGUCAUGUCUCUUCUUAAUCACCUUUUCUCAAAACUAAAGAUCCCCUAGUGUUGGAACCAUUCCUCAGAAGGGGGUCACUCCAUCCCCUUGAUCAUUUUGGUUGUCCAUUUCUGAACCUUUUCCAGUUCUACAAUAUCCUUCUUGAGGUGAGAUGACCAGAACUGUACACAGUAUUCCAAGUAUGGCUGCAUCAUCAUAUAUUUGCAUAGUGGCACUGGCAUUAUAUGUCAAAUGAAGGGAUUUUUGCCCCAAUUUGCUUUUUUUACACGGAAUUGCUUUUACUGUUUUACUGUCCAUUCACUCAGAUUGGAAAUAUCUUAUUGGAGUUAUCUGCAAUUCCUUCUUGUUUUAACCACCAUGGACAAUUUGGUAUCAUCUGCAAACUCACUUCUAUUUCUAGAUUUUUUCCUGAACAAAUUAAAAAUUAUGGGUCCCAACAGCAAUCCUUGAGGGACUCCACGUUAUAUAUACCCCAUUAGGAGAUCUAUCCAUUUAUUCCUACUCUCUGAUUCCUAUUUCUUAACCAGUUACUCAUCCUCAAGAAGACCUCUUCUCUUCUAAUUCAGUGCCUGCCAAGCUUACUCGAGUGUCUUUCGUGAAGUACUUUGUCAAAAGCUUUUUGAAAGUUUGCAGUGUCAACUGGAUCAUCUGUGUGCUUGUUGACACUCUUAAAGAACUCUAAAAGGUUAGUGAGACAUGACUUAACCUUUGUAGAAGACACACUUGCUCAUCUUGACUCAGAGGCACCUAGCAUUAUCUUAUAAACACUUACAUAGGAAUGUGCUCCUCAAAUUCUUUCCUCUUCUUUUGCAUCCCUUAUUAUCUGCUUGUAUUUAUUUCGCUAAAGUUUGUAUUCCUUUCUAAUAUCUUCAUUUGAACAAAACUUCCAUGUUCUAAAGGACACAUUCCUGCCUCUACUAGCUUUUUUAGCAUUGCUCGUUAAACAUGCAAGCAUUCUCUUGGCCCUUGGUGAUACAUUUCUUGAUCUGUGGUAUAGAUGAGCUUCUCAUAUUGUGGUCUUAAACAACUCCCAAACAUUUGGGGUAAUUUGACCCUCUUGACUUUCCCAUUCAAUUUCUUUUUUACCAAUCUGCUCAUUUUGGGGAACUUUCCUCUUUUGAAGUUGAACGAUCAAGGGGACAGUAGCAUGUUGCCAGGACAAAAUUACUCUUAGGGCCUGGUAUCACCACCCACAAUGAUUCUGUGGAAGAAUCUACUUUGGCCUUUCUGAAUUUCUGUCACAUAUCCACAACUCCACACAGUUCGUGUUUCUGUACAAGCCCCCAGACUCAAACUGGGGGUGGUCAAACUUUGCUUGUGAGUUUCCUAGAGUUCUCUGGCUUGCCACUGUUAAAAAUGGAAUGCUAGGCCUAGUGAUCCUUUGGUCUGAUCCAGGAGAUUCAGUUCUUCUGUUCUUGGAUUACACAUGUGCCGUUCUCUUCCUCCAAAGGGUUUGAAGUAUGACUGUAUGUGUCUCAUGGGCAGUGUUUAGAUCCAGACAAACAAUACUAUUGUUUGAGCUAGAGAGCUGUGGUAGUGUGACUUCAGACUGCUCUCAGGGGGGUGGGGUGGGGGGCUAAGCACAGACAAACAAUGUCACAGACUUAAGGUCAGGCGCCGCUAAUAGCACCCACUGGUCAUUGUUUUUCAUUGCAUCCAGUGCUAUAUUUGUCGACAGGUCAAAUUAUGCUUUUGUGUUUGGUACUUUCCAGUUCUGUUGCUGCUAUGGCUUAUUGAUUUAAAAAUUUUUAUAAACUGCCCUCUCAUAUAAAAUCAAGGUGAUGUACAACAACAUAUACAGGCAAAGUAAAACAUAAAAUACUGUAAAAGCAAUACAAAAUGAUUCAUCAUCUUGAAAACAAUUAAGCUGAAUAGACCUCUCAGCAUAAAAAGGUCUUAAAGAGAUGCCCGAAACAUCACAGCAAUGAUCCUUACUCCUCUAUCAUGUCCACCCAAACUUUUUUUUCUAAACUAAAAAGCUCCAAAUAUUGUAAUAUUUCAUCACAGGAGGUGUGUUCCAGCCCCCUGUCCAUUUUGAGAGGCAGAGACAAGGAGCAAAAAGCUGAAUGGAAGGGUCAAGUUAAUAGACACUUUCUAAGGCACUGAGUGGAGAGGACAGUGAAGUGUCUCAAGCUGUUGCCUUGACUCAUCCUUUUCCUGAGCCAUCUCAGUGAGUCUGUGUGUAGUCAGCGUGGCAGCCUGUAAAUCAGUAAAAUGAGUCAGUUUCCUAACUCUGCUGCCAUUCCCUUGGAAGCCAAAGAACUGUCCUCUACCCCAUUCUCCUUUUCCAUAUUAAUGAAAGCCAGGGAGCAUGGGGAAGCAGGAUAACUGGUUUUAGUGCUGUGGCAUCUCAAAAUAGGGCUGGAAAUUUCCUGGGUACCUAGAAAGCUGAUGCUCAUAUUCAGAACACUUGGCAUCCCUGUCCUUGUAGGGAUGGUUCCCAAGCAAAUGAAAAUGAAUCCUAACCUGCUGUUGCUUGGAAACAAGUAGUAUUGUUCAAAAAUUGCCUUUAAAAAGCUGGCUGAGAGACUUCACUGUUCUCUCGUUCUGGAGGGUUCCUUUGAGUGGGGGAUCCCAGUGGUUCUGUAGGAGCAGCCAGCAACUUGUAUCCUAUGACUCAAAUUUGAAUUGGAUACAUGCUUGGAAUUAGAUGUAUUCAUAGAUGUGGCACAUGAGAGCUGUGCAGGGGCAGGAUACCUCUGAAUACCAGCUGAUGGAGAGUAACAAUGGAGGAGGGAUGUUGCCUGCAAGUGCUGUUUGUGGGCUUUCUGGAGAUGGCCACUGAGUGAAAUAGGGUGCAUAGAUAAAAGAAACUCCUAUUACCUUCCCUCUGUUUCGAUUCGUCUUCACAUUGAGACACUAGGAAAAGCAAGUGAUGCAUUAAUACCACUUGAGUUUGUUGGUGUGCUGAUUGUUCUUUAACUGGUCACAAAGUCAUGGGCAGUUUUCUGCUUUGUCUUCUAGCACGUGGACAUGGAAAACUCCUAUCUCUGUGGAUACUUGAAGAUUAAAGGCCUUACGGAGGUAUGUACUGAGGCAGAGUAUUUUAGGCCAGAACUGAUGUUCUGUGUGUUUCAUUCCUUUACAAAGCCCUCUCCUAACUUCCUUGCAAAGGUAAGGAAACUUGCCUGGGAGGGUUGUAUGUGCUCAUCAUGUUCUUGCUUUGUUCACUUGCAGGAAUAUCCAACCCUUACAACUUUCUUUGAAGGGGAAAUAAUUAGUAAAAAGCACCCAUUUUUAACGCGGAAGUGGGACGCAGAUGAAGACGUGGAUCGAAAACAUUGGGUGAGUUCCUUGGGCCUAGCUGUGUGCCUGGGCUGUGCCACUUCAGGCUGCAGGUGCAGGCUCAUGUAGUUGACAAAUUCCAUCUAGGUGCUGGAAAGAAGGGUUCUAAUUUAGUCUUCUCCCUUAUUUGUUCCCUUUCUACAAGAAGGAAUGUGUUUUAAGGGUAGAGGAAGAGUCCCUGGUAGUCUGAGGUGGUAUACUUCAAGCACAGGUUUACCAGCUCAGUGAGAACUACACCCAUCUGGACAGUGUUGGGCCUUAGUUUAGCUGAAUUAGGACUUCAACUGAGUAACUGCUCUUGGUGACUUUGGUUGGUGGUUUGUUAUUUUUUGCCUCCGGUCUCUAGGGUAGGAAUUGGCAGCAGGUUCUGGACAGCUUCUUACCAGAUGUGUCUGCGCUAGCUGAACACAGAAGGAAAUUGACAAAGAGCAACUCUUAAAAGAAAUGACACAUAAUUACAUAGCUCUUAUUUUAGUGUUAUUUUUUGUUCUUACUGGCUGCCUUCUUGAGGAAGGCUGUGAUGUCCCAGCUGUUUGGCGUGACUGAGGCUGAGUUUGUAGCUGCACGCAGAAGGCUGGGUUUUGUGGGAAAGAUUGCAAUUCUGCCAUGAUCAGCAAAUAGAGAGGAUGGACAGGGAAGAGGGAACUUUGGCAUCCUUCUCUGGAAAUUAAUUCCUUUAGUGGGUGGCAUCCAGGGUCUGGCUGGUAGUGAUUAGCUUGGCAGGUAUUUGAACUUGUCUGGAGUCAUGCAGCACACAUCUUUCCUCCGGAAUUGUAAGCACUGUGUGUCCCUUUUGCUUCUAGGGGAAGUUCCCAGCCUUUUACCAGUACGCAAAAACAUUUAACUCUGAUGACUUUGAUUAUGAGGAUCUGAAGAACGAUGACUUUGUCUUUAUGAGGUGGAAGGUAAGUUCUUCAUGUGCAUUCACAUAGGGUGUGUUGCUAGAGGGCCUGUGUGACAGUCUAACUGUCACUUAGCGCAGGCACAACCCUAGGAGGUGUAGGGUAAUCUAUCUUAUUUGGUCUUGCUGCCUAAUUGGGUUGCUGCAGGCAGGAUGGAAGGAUAACACAAGGUUUCUUUCCUCCUCCACAUCCAGCAGGGAGGGCAAACAUCUCUGAAAUUCCUCAGUAUCGUGUGCAGUGACAGCAUGCAGUAUAGAAUUAUAGAGUUGGAGAGGGAGAAUCAUCCAAUCCAACCCUUUCAGUACAGGAAUCAGCUUGUAUUAGACAGUCAGGCUUCCUGCACAGGACCCUACAAGGAAGCAAGAAGUCCCCUGCACCUCCAGUGUAGUCCUUGUUCUCUCUUGGCCCCAAGUCUAGAGCACUGCAGAGAACAAGAGCAGAGCAGCAGCACUCUUAUGUCCCCUUUGUUGCAGUCAGGCUGCAGGGUUGCAGUGUCCCGUGAAGAAAAUUUGUUUGAACCUGAAAUUUCCCCAGAAUGUUUCCAGACUUUUUUUGUGUAGUAAACAAAGCUACAAAAAUACAUUGUGCUUUCACUUGCUGUACCAAUAUCUCAAUUUUUUGUUCAUAGUUAAAAGUAGAUGAACAGAAAUAUUUGAUGAAAAAAUAUAUAGUAAAGUGUGUUAAAUGCCAUUUACUUUGAAAUUAUUUAUAUGGGAAUAUUUGUGAAUAUCUUCAUUACUGGCAGUUCAGUUGCAUUCACUUCCCUUGCAGUGUUUAAAUUUCAAAGAGAAGAAAACGAAAGCAUGUUUUAAUGUAUUAACUUUAGUAAACCCAAUGUGAGCUGUGCUGUGCAAACACUUAACUAGGGGCUGGUGCCUAAUGAAAGCUAUAACAGACCAGUGUGUGGGGUGUUCUAUUUUUCUGUAGAAAAAUGUCCAGUAGACAUUUGCUGCAGUGAAAAAACUAUCCCAGCUCCCUUCUAGCUUUUCAAAAUUUUGUUAACUCUUGUGCAGGAACAGUUCCUGGUCCCUGAUCACACCAUCAAAGACAUCAGCGGUGCUUCCUUUGCUGGGUUCUAUUACAUAUGCUUCCAGAAAUCUGCAGCAUCUAUAGAAGGCUAUUACUAUCACAGGAGUUCAGAAUGGUAAGGGGCUGCCUCGGUGGAGCACUGGCUGGAGGACUUUCUUUUAUUCUGCAGGGCAAGAGAAAAGGACGCUAAACUCAAUAACUUUAUUGUGGUAGCUGAAGGCCAUGACACAGACAAUAUAAAAUACAAUACAAAACCUUUGCUUAAACAACUGGAAUCAUGUAUUGCAAGCGAGCCUAUAAAUGAGGAGCCUCCACAACCACAUACAGUGCAUUUCAAUUUAGACCUCUGAAUCUUCCUUACAGUUUACUGCUAUUUUGUCCUAUUCCUCCUCCUAAACUUUCUUGCUGCCGGUGCAAAAAGAGUCACUAAGCAUUAGACAACAGCCACUGAACCGUCUCCGCCAAGGAGAGACUGCUUUCUUGAACAAAUAGGGGAGUUAGAAACAUCUCCUAGGUUCUGUGUAUAACAGGAAAUAUAAUAAAGAAUAAAGAAUGUCUUCUACUUGUGGUUGCCCACAUACAGAGUCUAUCUGCGUAUGGGGUCUUGUUAUAAUGCCCAUCCAGCACAGUUGAGGGCAUUCCUUGGAAACGCAGCUCAGAAAAGGCAGAUCUUAAUGAAACAGGCAAGAGGAGAAAAGGGCAACAGAUUCUACCGGUGCUGGAAAUGAAGAAUUGGGAGUGCACUUGGAGAGUGCACCCAAUUCUUCCUCUUCAGUGUGGCCCUGUGGGUUUAUCUCUCCAGUGGUUUGAGCCAAGUGGGGAGGCCUGGCAUGCUUAAUUGGGGCUCACCAGCUGAAGGUUGCUCACUGCAACGUUACUGCUUUGCUCAGCUGAACUGGGACUGCUUAAGACACUGUGCCAAGGCAAUCUACAUGUUGGUCAUGUUCAGACAAUCCCAUAUUGGCCUAAUAAGCUGAGAUAGGAAUGAGCCUCUUGCCUGCACUUGGUGCUCCUUCCUUCAUGGUGCAAGCAAUGAAACCAGGAACCCAUGGUUACCAUCUUCUGUGUAAGCCAGUAUGUUAAAACUAGGCAAGAGUGGCUGGGGCUGUUGAGCAGGGGUCUGCAGUGUGGCAACAAGUUCCCGGGUGUUACAGUUUGAAAACUGUUGCCCUCAUUAAGCAGAAUAAGGGGUAGAUUAUGUCAUUAAAAUCCUCUUUGCUUGUCCCCCCAGGUAUCAGUCUCUGAAUUUGACUCAUGUCCCAGAGUACAGCGCACCCAUUUACGAAUUCCGGUGACAGCGAUACCAAGAGUGGCGCCGAGAGAUGGCCAGUGGGGCCAGGGGGAGAGAGAGAGAGAGAGCAUGCUCUGUUAAGACAACUGCGAUGUCCCUGUCAGGACAGGAGACUCCAGGCUCUUCUCCUGUCGGGCUACCGGACUGGUGUGAGAGCGUGAAUGUGAAGCCUGAGGCUGCCGGAGCCUGACCCUUUCUCCAGCUGCGUGGCAAACUUGAUACUUUAAUCUGGUUUUAAAGCUACCAUUCAAAUGCACUUUUCUUAUUGCACAGCUAGUCUCUUUACCACUGAAAACUCUUCUGCCCCUUUCGGAGGAGGAAAUGGCUGCGCCCAGCUGGAUUUCCUUAGAGUAGAGGAAACGUAAGCUGCUGCCGGCUUAUGUCUCUCCGCACUUUGCUGUAGCUCAUGGGUUCUACUUAAGAGCAAGUCAUCCACAGAUGCCCUUUCCUUUCGAGCCUCAGCGUUGCAUGAGGCUCCUGUGUGCAUCACACCCAGCUGUGGCAUCCACUACGGGAAGCAGUUGGCCAAGAGGAGGAGGGCCUAGCAAAUCGCCCGUUCCUGUUGGCUAGCAAGGCUGCAUCUCUCAGGAACGCUAGCCAGUCACAGAGGCGUAAGCCGUUGUCUUGGAUUGCACCAAGGGGGGAAUGGCUAACAGGCCAUCAUAGUGGGAAACGUAAUGAUGCUUAUGCAAAGUCUCAGAUUUAAAGGAAAACCUUUAAGGACUUCGUACAAAAAAAGAGACACAGAGAGCUAUUUUUAUGGCCAUCCCCCCUCAAAAAGACUCAAUGGUAUAUGCAAAUCGUCUCUCAUUACAUUUUUACCAUGGCUGCUUUCCCUGAAACCCUUCAUGGUGAAAGCAGUGAAAAGUCAGUGUUGGUUGAUGGUGGUGAUCUCUCUGUGCAACAAUCCAGCAGUGUUGACACCCGCUCAUCCCAGCGUAAUCGCUUAGCGGUGGUGUGAAUAUUCAGCUCCAUGCACAUGCUCCCGUUUCUCAUGCUACAGGAAACAUUUGAUGUUUGCUAUGAUUUCUAUCAGGGAAAAACCUCCUAACUCUCCAUUAAAAUAAACUGCUCUCCAAGGACUUGAAAAUGUUCGGAAACAUAAGGCUUGUGUGCCAAAUUUUGUGUGGGGCUUGUGUGUCUGUGGUGGGCUAAUACGUGUGUGUGUGUGUGUGUGAGAGAGAGAGAGAGAGAGAGAGAGAGAGAGAGAGAGAGAGUGUGAGAGAGUCUAAAAGUUGCUGGCCUGCUUAACAUGGCACUCAUCCGCAGAGGGUUUUCCCAGAAUCAUCUUGAUUAUGCGUACCAUUGGCUGGCCCAGGAGACGGAGGCAACUACCCUGGCACUUGGUAGAUCAAGACUGUUGUACAGCUGAGCCUUUUGCAGAAAAAUGUCCAGCUCUUUUCAGUUUUUCCUUUAUGCCUUUGUAGGCACUUGUAGGAUUUACAAGGCAGCUUAAAGCAGGUCUGUGUGCAAGGAAGGUACUGGUACUUUCCCCGGGAGUCUGCCCAAAGUUAAGGCUUACAGUGGCUGCCCCAUUUGGGAUCUGCUCUUGUCCUGUGACAUUUCUGUCAUUCAUAGUGGCUUGGAUUUCAGAAAAUAGUAAUGGCACUUGGGGCUGAGAGAUAAUUUCUCUCCUCUCUACAUGCAGGGCUCUGUGUGCACUGCAAUAAUGAGGGAGCACAGGAGAAAGUGCAGAUUGUUGUAAGCCAUGUGGAAGUCAACUUUCAGUAAUUCAAGAGCGAAUUUCUACCCCCCAUGGCUUUGAUAUGUUUGAAAGUGCGGGAAAGCCUAGGGACGGUUUGGAAGACAGAGUUGUACAAGGUUUCAGUGGUUGAGAGGAGGAGGGGAUGGAUGUAGGGUAGGACUAGUGGUGAGGUAGUGCUAUAUGUAGUUCCUUAUUUCCUCCUCAGCCAACAAAGGCAGAAUAUAUUGUGCAAAAGAAAAGAAAUGGUGUGCAUGCUUGCACAAUUGACAUCUGCUGUGCAGACUGCAGAACUUUGUCUGUCUUGGUGCAGAAUUUAGAUUGCCAAGAUACAGAGUUCUAAUACUUUUAGAGCAGUGUACACAUAGCCCUGCCUGUCCUGAGCAUUUUAAAGAGUAUUUUUUUGCAUACAAUGUACGGGAGAGAAAGCAAAGCCCCUUAAUGGAAUAGGGUUGAAUCAUUUUUUUUUUUCUUAGUUCAGGCUUGCUCUUUUCCCCCCAACCAUGUACUGUACAUUACAGUGGCAGAUUUGCUAACUGAAGCCUUAACAGGAGUGUGUGGGAGUUCUCACAUUAACCACGCAGGACACCCUUUCAUGGAGACAAACAUGGCAAAGAGGCCAAUUUCUCCCUUCCCUCCCCUGCAAAUCAGAGCAGUCUUAAGAAGCUGUCUGUUAUUUUCAGGGGGACGGGAGAGAUAUGAAGAGCUUGAGGAAAUGUGGCAAAUGGGCUUUGGCUGGCACUGAUCCUGUAGACUGAGGUUGGAAAUGUAUUCCAAUGGAUCUGAAUGGCAGUGGGGGCUUUCCUCUUCACUUUCAAAGGAGACGGAUCUGAAGUGCUUUGCAUGGCCACAGGACGUAAUAUGACAUCCAGAUACGUUUUUUAGCCUGACACAGAAGAGUGGAUGGAUGCUGAUAGGGAAGUGGAUGGGGGAGAGUAUGGCUGGGUUUGUGAACCUCUUCACUGCUUUUCCACCCUACCCCCUCCCUCCAGUUUUGAUCCACGAGUUGACUGUCUAUGCACAGUAAUGGAGGUUCUUUGAGUGUUUGGGGGCAAAUAUCCCAGGCUGUACAAACAGCUGCUCCUUUCCUUAGGCUUCUCUCUCAUCUUAUGCCUAAGAAGAUAUCACAUUUGGGAGACUAGGAAUUAACUGUGCCUUUGCUUUGCUUUAAGAUAAGGGGGGGCACAACGUGCUUGGGAAAAGCAGUCCUUUCCUCAGCCUAUUUCAGGAGGAAAUUAGAGUCUCCAGCAGUAACUCCAGGCCAAUUGAAACCACCUUGUGUGUUAACGCAGGAAGGCAAGGCAUCUCCAGCAUAGCCCAUGAAGGGGUUAAGGUGAAGGAGAGAGUAUCCUGACAGCAAAGCACCAUGGUCCUCAUUUCAUUUUUGCAAAGCUUUGCAUGCAAGAAGUACAGUGCAAGGCCAAUACUAGCAUUUUAAUUCUGUCCCCUGUAUUGUGAUGCACAAUCCACUGCAAGUGGCCAUGAUCCAGCACAUGCAAUUGCCAGUUCCACAUUCCCAGGAGGGCUUUGGGACUAUAGAUCUAUAUUACUAUAGAUCUAUAGGACAGUAGCGCUCUGUGCUGCAUAGCAAAGUGGUCUUAAGUUGAAGGGAGUUGUCGAAAGCAGUUUAGGCUAAUAGCACAAAACAGGAGAGGGAGGGCUUGAAGUCCAAAAUCCAUAAAGGGGUGUGUGUGAAGCACAGGUUCUCAUCAGCUGGCAGAGAGCUUGAUUUUAAUUGCAAGCUUAUUACCUUUUAAAUGCUAGAAUAUUUAUUCAGAGAUGGACAGAAAGAUUACCUGCUGUAAUUCACCCUUCCGAAACAGGAUUUCAGAAUAAUAAUGUACUGUAGUCCAUGUUGUGUCAACAGUUUCUGCAUUUGUGUUAUGCAAACUUGGCAUUUCAUAGAAAACAGCCUUUAAUUUGAUACUUGGAAAGGGCUGCAUUCGUUCUGAAGUCUACUCUUAAUUUGGCAAAUGCUUCUGUACAAGACCACCUACAAGUGCUUGCAUUCCCUUCAUGCUUUAUUACUGGCUUUGCUGGCUGGGGUUGAUGGGAGUUUGAAUCCAGUAAAAUCUGGAAGGCCACAGGUACCACGGGCAGCUUAAAAGGACAUGGGAAGGAACAAGCAUUUUAGAAAUUGCUUUAUUAUUUAGCACAUAACGCCCUGCCCCCCCCCCCCGGUUGGCUUGACUUGCUUUCUCCACACACACAAACAAGCAACACACCUUUCCCUUAUAAACCGUCAGAUGCUAAAAGAAAUGAGAGUAUGAAGCAUGGUUGCAUUGUGCUUGUAGAGAAGACUAACAGGCUGGGGCUUGUCCCAGGCAGCGUGGCUUCCGAGGGUGGAAUCUUCCAAGUCUUAUUGAAAAGGUUUUAUAAAGCUAUCUUGUAAAUCAGAGUAUUAAAGAGUAUUUAUAGACAAAUUGCAGAAAAGGGAGUUUUUCCAGAGUUAUCAGUGUCCAAAUUAAAAACAUGAAUUUAACAAGG